UUUUGUGCUCCAGUUUAGCAUCUAAAAUGUCAAGCUACGUCAUUGAAGUUGCCAACAACAGUAAGGGAUGUGUCACCGUUGUUGUUAGUACCAAUCCGGUAUUACGAUUGUUGGGUGAUUCUCUGACUGUGACCUUCCCCGCCUACGAGCUCCUUGGGUCAUUCUUCCCUAAAGACAAGCGGAGCGUUUCACCAGGGGAAACCUCAGUUGUAAACAAAGUUGGUAUCUGGAAAAUGUUCACCUAUGGAGUUGGGUUGACAGGAGUAGAAUGGUACUGCAUGACAGUGACCAGAGAGGAUGAUGAGUGGGUGGCUGUGUGUCAAACUCCUCUGCGUUGCACCUGGAUUGUGGAUGACGACAAAAUCUACUGGGAAGAUAAACCGUCGAUAUGCAAACAAUUUGGUUUUGUAUCUGAUAAAUCCAGCUACAUCAUUAAAGUUACCAACAAAACCGAAGAAGUCAUCAAUGUUGUGGUUCAUGAAGGUCUGCUAGCCCAAGUGCUGAGUCCUGGAGGAAUUCUGAGCCUUGUGAGAGGCAGCUACUUCAACUCAGGAGUCGCAGUUGAUCCAGGAAAAACAAAAACCAUUAAUAAAGUGAACCCCAAGAAUUUAUCCUCCUACAAAUCCAUCGGUAAUGUAGCGGGCAUGAGAAGCAUCUAA